UGUGCAGUUAUAGAAUAUGUAAAUCAUUGUUGGAUUUUCCUUGAUUUAUAUAUAUUUUUUCAAAUAAGCUUGAUGUAAACUGAAAUAUUAUUUUACCGAUGGCUUGUCGAGUCCGGCGACUGAAACCAUAUCGAGACGAUGAUCACGUGACCAACGAACAAUAUGGCGAAGAGAACACAUAUUGCUACCAAGCGAAAGGCGGUUCCUGGGUUUACAUUCCUCAGUUCAUCAACCCAUACCAUAAUUUUCAAUUGAGAAAAGGAGCAAGUAUCGGUGAAUGUAAAACCGCAUUUCGUGACCUGGUUUCAACUCCUAACCGCCAAAAACGCAUGUUAGUUGCAUACUCUUGGCACAUGAUAACGAACGAAGUGCUUUAUUGCAUUGGAGAAAGGACAGUUUGUGACGUGUUCGAUUAUGCAAUUAGUGGUGACACAAAAAAAUCUGAAAGCUGAACUGGCAGAAUACCCAGGUGCACUAGAAUGCACAGAUACUUCUGGAUCUUCGUUGCUGUACAUCGCAGCCCGAAGUGGUUUUUACGACACAUGCGAAUUUCUACUAGAUAAAGGAGCCAAACCCGGAUUCACUUGUGGCUCCUCAGAGAGCACUCCUUUACAUGCGGCCGCCUAUUAUGGCCACGAUUUGGUUUGCAUGCUGCUUAUAUCCAGAGGCGCCAAAGUUGCUGCCAAGAAUAGAUUUGGGAAUACACCCGUUGACGAGGCCAAAACCGAUGAACUUAAACAGAAGUUACUAGAAUUGAAGAAAGGCGAUAUAAUUGCAUCUUUGACUCAGUCCGUACAGAAUGUGAACGCUGAAAAUAUAACUCAUAGGGGAAAAACUGUCGCACGUAUUCUGAGGCUUCAGAAUAUAGAUAUACCCAAGAACUGGCUGCCAGCAUGGCAUGGAACCAAAUACAAUUAUUUGAAUUCGAUUCUGAAAAACGGAUUGCAACCAUCGGGAGCGGUUGUAGAUGGCACGGCAAUCAGACCCCCAAAGGGUCAUUACCAGCUGGGGUCAACUCACUUUGGAGUUAAUAACUGGGCGAGCGCUGUGUUCAUCUCUCCCAGUUUGAUAUACGCAGGCCAUCCGACGUAUUCUGAGCGAGUUGUUCUCGGCGGUACGCAAUGGUGCAUCAUAGUCUGUGUUUUGUGUCGACCGGGUUCGUUUGGAUCUUACCCGAGCACAAUUGUCCGCGAUGACCCUAUUGACGGGGAACCCGAAGACUCGGAAUGGCGAGUUGACAUGGAAGGCGAUGAUCUCAUUUGGAGGAUGGCGCAAGGUUCUACGAGUUCAAGUCUGGUGGUGACAGGGGUUGUUUUCAUCGACCUCAAAUUCUUCGACUCAAUUGGAAGCGACAGAAGUUUGACUUAUCGCGAGGCUUCCAAGUUGGUUCACACUAAUUACUCGCGAAAAUAAACUGCUUAUCUGGAUCGUUAGAUGAAAAGUGACAUGAAGUUGUAAAAUAGUGCUUUUAAGUACUGAGAUUUUUCUAUUCUAUGCUUUAUCAAAUAAUUUGAAUUUAAUUGAACGUUUUAUAUGGAUCCCACUAACUUCAAUUUUAGAUAAUGGGCUCUAAAUUUUAAAAACUUUUCGUUGAAAUAAAUAUGUAGAUUUUUUUGAGCCAAACAAUUCUUGAAACUGAAUGAAAAGAAGUGUAGUUAAACCUACGUGAACAUUCGUUCAUUGUGAUUUCAAAAAGGCUGCUGCUUUACCGAGCUAAAAUAAUUGUGAAAUUUUCUUGAAAUAUUUCUAUCCUUUUCCGAUUCUCUUAGCUAAAUUUAACAUAAUAUUAACUGAGAGGUGCU